AUGAUUGACAUGGCCUCCAGCAGUGCCGCACUUGAUGCUCGUCCGUCAACGAUGCAACGCGUCGUCUCGUCUACAUCAUCUUCACCUACCAGCGCCGCCUCGUCUCCAUCUAUGGAAGCAUCCGCACUGGCAUCCGACCAGCUCUCCGCCAUGGACGAAGUGUCGAUGCCCGCCACCCCUCCCGACGUCGCUGAUCUGGGUCGAGUGCACGUUGUCGAUGCCGUCACCGCUUCGGCCGCUGCCUCGGUCCAUGCUGCCAACGCUGCUAAGAGGCCCGAACUGUACCUGUCCCUCACACGCGUCAACCGAGCCAAACUCGUGCUCUCGCCUACCGACAAGGUGCGUUUCUCGGAGCACAUUGCGGACAGCAAGAAAAAGUUUGCCGACGACACGGCCUACUUGCCCAAAACCUCCAACAUGGGUCUCAGCGACGUGGAUGCUGCCGCGUUGCUGUCGGUCAACCCAUUCAACUUCGCACGACCCAAUGCGCUCAGCUGGGAAGACGACGACGUGGAUGUCGACCACGGCCGUGCAGCACGUAUGUCGGCCAAAGCGGGCAAGACGGUCUUCCUGAACGCCUUCCCCUGCAUCUACGUCACGAACCUCACCAACUCGGUUGCAUUCUACCAGAAACUCAUCGGCUUCUCUCCCGUCGGCAAACCGGCGUCGCACCAAGCCAUCAUGCGACGAGGGCCCGCUGCGCGCCCACCUCGAUCCGCGCAACAGCAGUACUCUGCGAUCCCCUCGGCGGCGGAAGAGCAGGGCGUGCGCAUCGUGCUGCGCUAUCUACCGGCAGAGUGGGGCGAGCUCAAGGGCGAUGGAAGCGGACCGCCGCAGUUGCUCAUCGUGGUGAGCAACGUCGACGAGCUGUUCAAUGAGAUCGUCGCCAAGCAGCAGCAGUUCAAGCCCAAUGGUAGGGAGUACUUCCCGGAAGUGUUCCUGGGCAAGGGCAAGUUGCUCGGUAAACCCCAGAACAAGCCGUGGGGCACGAGAGAGCUGCACGUGCUCGAUCCGGACGCCAACAAGAUCAUUUUCUACCACGAGCUCCACUGA